AUGUCUGAGGAGCAGGAAAUAGACAGACGGUUGGAAAAAAAACUGAAGAUCACACAAAAGGAGAGGAAAUCCAAAUCUCCUCCCAAAGUGCCCAUUGUGAUUCAGGACGAUAGCCUUCCCACGGGGCCCCCUCCACAGAUUCGCAUCCUCAAGAGGCCCACCAGCAACGGUGUGGUCAGCAGCCCCAACUCCACCAGCAGGCCAGCCCUUCCCGUCAAGUCCCUAGCGCAGCGGGAGGCAGAGUACGCGGAGGCCCGGAAGCGGAUCCUGGGCAGCGCCAGCCCUGAGGAGGAGCAAGAGAAACCUAUCCUCGACCGGCCAACCAGGAUCUCCCAACCCGAAGACAGCAGGCAGCCUAACAAUGUGAUCAGACAGCCUUUGGGUCCUGAUGGGUCACAAGGCUUCAAACAGCGCAGAUAAACGCGGGCAGGGAAGGAUGCCGCCGCCACCGCCGUCACCACCUCCUGGGUCGUCCGCUGCGGGUCGCACUGCCGUGGCAGACAGCUGGACUUGAGCAGAGGGAACGACCUGACUUACUUGCACUGUGAUCCCCUUUGCUCCGCCCACUGUGACCUUGAACCCCAUGCACUGUGACCUCCCCUCCCCCCCCUUCCCACUGUGAUUGGCACUUCUACAAGGGCUGUCCCAAGUCAAUGGAAAGGGAAAGGGUGGGGGUUAGAGGAGGGUUGGGGGGACCCACCAAGGACUCAGAGUAGAGUCAGACAGUGCCACUUGGCCGCUUGGGGUGAAGCCAGUGCCAGCAAUAACAGUUUAUCAUGCUCAUUAAUUUGGGAUUUCAAAACACAAAUGAGAACUCCCGUCCACCCACCCUCAAGUGCAUGUCUUCAUCACUUAAAAGCAAGUUCCAUUUGAAAAUAUCCUUUCUUUUUUUUUUCUUUCCUUCCUAUUUUUGUUUGUUUAUACAAAUAUUUGAUUUGCAAAAAAAAGUACAUGGGAGGGGUUUUAGCAGUUUAAUGAAUUUUUAAUUGAGAAAGGGUAGUUUGGUAGUCUACUUAAAAAUGUUUCUGGGCAAUCCACUAGAAACAUUAACCAAUAGGAUUUUGGUGAGCUUAGCUUCUGUAUUCCCACUGCCGCCGAGCAAAGGGGCAGGGCUCUGCAGCCCAGGACAGAUGAGCACCCCAUGCCUAUACCUCCCUCCCCCCAGCUAAGUCCCAGAGCAUCUGGGCCCUACCUGGAGACUGGGCUAGCUCUAUAGGCUCAGGGAGCCUGGGGAGGGUGCCAGCCCCUCACCUUUAGUAUUUUGGGAGAUAGGGAAAGUGAACAGACUUUCCCUUCCAAAACCCCUCAGGGUGGUUCCCUACCAGCUGGGCUUACUACUUCUAGAAGAGGGCAGGGAGUGAGGCUGCACUCCCGGGCUUUAGGAGUGAGGCUGCGAGCCUUGCUCAGUAUUUUGCUGUCAGCACAAGGAAAGCCAGGAGAGAGUCUGACUCCAGGACUCUGAGCCUCCUGCUGAGUGUGGUCAGAAGGUAGGUGGGUCUUCCCACUCCAGCAAGGCUUAGAACUUUUCAAGGGUCUGUGGAACGCCAUCUCUGUUGAUGGCAUCAGCUCGGUAACUCUACCCGGUACAUUUCCCUUGUGAAAUCACUACCUUGGGAGCAGACCAUUCUGAAUAACAUUUGGGGAAAGACAAGCUGUGCAUUGCAAAGAUUGGUAAUGACAGACUGGUUCCCCAUAGUCCUAGGUUACCCUCGACCCCUUUUUCCAGAGCAAGGGCCUGGAAUGAAGGCAGUUUCCCCUCUGUGUUUGGAGCCUGGAGAUGUGCUUUGGCUCUUUGAGGUGGAAGAGGCUUAGGGGGCCCAGCCCAGAGCAGCUGUGUGUGUACAAUCUGGCCCCUCUCCGGCUGUCCGAUCUCUUCCGUUGCACUUCGCCUUAUGUCCCUCAGCCAGCCAGAUGGCUUCCUUGCUCAGCAGAUGAGUUUUGGAGUGGUUGGUGUGACAUUUGUGAUUAGGGCAGCUCACGGUGGCCAAGGUGGCAACCUAGGUCUUGCAGGCUCGCUCCACCUUUGGUUUGCUGGCUCUCAGCCUUGCCCUGUAGGGAUGUCAGCCGGGCCCAGCAAGCCUUGGCCCACUACAUCUUCCCAUUAGGAGGAAAGGUCAGCUGUCGGUUAAGUCAGUAACUAGUCCAUAGCACAGGCUUAUAACUGUGGGAAGCCAGGAUAUUGUCCGUGAGCAGAGCUGGAACAAAGCUUCAGGCAGUGAGAACCCACAGAACGUUGAAUGGUGCCCACAUACUGUUCUGAAGGGAAAUGACCUCCAGGAGUGGGCAAGGGAGAAGGUUGCUGCUGUCUUUACAGUUCCACUGCCCUGACCAAGUAUCCGCAUUCUAAACAGAUAGUGUCCAUCCCUCAUGUAAUAGUGGUUUCUGGCCCAAGAUGAGACUGUCCUUUUCAGUUGGAGAAGGUACAGAGGUAGGCCAGGUGGGAAGGCCAGAAGUGCUGAUUGCUCAGCCGUUGGGACCACCUGUUCUUGCUCCCCUCCUCUAGUGGGAGCCAAGGGAAGGCUGGCUGAUGGGUGUCUGUGGAUCGAGGAUGUGGUAGGGACUGAUGCUCCCACCUCCCUCCGGCCAAAGAUGGGGCUCUGCCCGCUGUGUGCCUGCCACCACCCACCAGCGGUCAUGUCCUGGCUUCCCAGAUGGAGAGGUGACAGGCAAAAUUUUAAAGAGAAAGAAAUGAAAACAGGAAACUUUUGUGUUGGGGGGAGGUGGGAGGGGAGAUGAGAACGGUUUGGAUUUUGUGUGUGUGUUUGUGGGUGUUUUGGGUUUUUUUGG